GUGAACCGGCGUGGAUGAAGAAGAACAAACAUCUCUUGUUGCCAUCUCUACAGCGGAAAAUGGUCUCCCCUCCCGGCGCAAAUCCCGGUACCAAUAACGCCGUUAACUCGGCUACGCUCGGCGAGAAGAGCUUUGGGGCUACGCCGUCGACGCCGGAAAGUUUAAGGAAAAAUGUUUUGUUACCGUCUCUGUGGAAACCGGUGGCCCCUCCGUCGUCGAACCCCGGCACCAACUCCGCUCUCGUCGGAGCAAUGAACUUUGUGGCUGGGUUGCUCCCGAGAAAGACCACGUCGAAUAAUCUUUUGCUUCCGCCUCUGCAAUGGCGGCCAGUUACUCCGCCGUCAACCAACCCCGGCCACAACUCCAUUGGCACGGUGGCUCAACGGAACUAUGCCGGUGGAAAAACGUCUCCUCUUUCCAUACACCAUCAACCCAAGCUUCCAUUAUCUCAGACGGCUAAUUGUUAAUAUUACAAGAAGAAUGUCGAUCAUUUUUUACUUUAAUUCGAAUACUAACGAACUGAUUACUUAGAUUGUAUAGUAGA